AUGGGCCAACCCAAUGACACCAAGGCCCCUGAGGUAGCCAGUGUCACAGUAUCUCCGAAGCAUAGUAGCUCUAAUCCUUCAUCUGUUUUGGAGGAUUCUCUUGAAGCCCAGCGACCAUCACCACCAGUCUACCAUAUCUUCUCUCGAUCUCGCAAGCUAGAAAUGGUGGUGAUUGUCUCCGUUGCAGCCAUCUUUUCACCAUUAUCUUCGAAUAUCUAUUUCCCCGCCCUGGGGGCUAUCUCAAGAGAUCUUCAUACAAGCAUGACCCUGACAACGUUAACCGUCACCAUCUAUAUGAUCGUUCAGGGAAUUGCACCGACCUUUUGGGGUUCCAUAUCAGACACCUCUGGCCGACGACCCGUAUUCAUUGGGACUAUGAUUGUCUACAUCGUUUCCAAUAUUGCCCUUGCUGUAUCUGCUAACUACGGUGAGCUCAUGGCAUUCCGUGCCUUGCAGGCUGCCGGAAGCGCAGCUACAAUCUCAAUCGGAGCAGGUGUCAUAGGUGACAUCACAACCUCGGCAGAACGAGGAAGUCUGGUGGGUAUUUUCGGUGGUGUCCGCAUGCUCGGUCAAGGUAUCGGCCCCGUUUUCGGUGGUCUUCUCGCACAGUAUCUCGGAUUUCGAUCGAUCUUUUGGUUCCUUACGAUUUGCGCCGGCCUGAGUCUGCUCACUAUCCUGAUAUUACUUCCUGAGACCCUACGACCGAUUGCUGGUAAUGGAACGGUUCCUCUUCAUGGCCUGCAGAAGCCAUGGCUAUACUAUAUUACUGGACAACCGGGUGCUGAGGAUGGGGCUGAGUCAGGGCUCAAAAAGUCCAGGGUCACGCUUCGAACUGUCUUCGCACCUCUCAAGUUUCUGGCAGAGAUUGAUGUAUUUAUUACUCUUUUCUUCGGAAGCAUUGUCUACACGGUGUGGAGCAUGGUCACGUCCAGUACCUCGGACCUGUUUGAGGAAACAUAUAACUUGACCACCCUGCAGGUUGGUCUCACAUUUCUGGGCAAUGGCCUUGGAUGUAUGUCAGGAUCCUACACAAUUGGUUACCUAAUGGACUACAACCACCGUCUCACCGAGCGUGAGUACUGCGAGAGACAUAACUACCCACCCGGCACGCGAGUUAACCUGAAAACACACCCGGAUUUUCCGAUCGAGACCGCCCGUAUGCGCAACACUUGGUGGAUUACAAUCCUUUUCAUUGUGUGUGUCGCGGUCUACGGCGUUUCGCUGCAGACUCAUCUUGCGGUCCCCAUCAUCCUACAAUACAUCAUUGCCUAUUGCUCAACUGGCAUCUUCACAAUUAACAGUGCCUUAGUAAUCGAUCUAUAUCCAGGUGCCAGUGCUAGCGCCACGGCUGUAAAUAAUCUUAUGCGGUGUCUGAUUGGUGCUGCGGGGGUUGCGGCUGUACAGCCUAUUAUUGAUGCGUUGGGGCCGGUGUAUACUUUCAUUUUACUUGCUGGUAUCACUUUGGCUCUGUUUCCUUUGCUGUGGGUGGAGACGAGAUAUGGAGCUGGAUGGAGACUUGCUCGACAUCGGAGGUUGAGUAGUUCUCAGGCUGGCUAA